AUGUCAUCCUCCGCCCCCCAGUUCCUAAAAACAACAGCAAAACCACCUCAGCUAGCCUCCGACUCAGCCAAUCCACGCACCAACCUCGUGACAAUCGACACCCUGAUAAGCAUCCUCUCCAAAUCCCUCCUUCACCCCUUCAUAGCCUGGAUUCUCGUCCUCUGCUUGCGCGCCCAGGUAACGCCAUCAACAGAUCCAGCCUGGAUCCUCACCGUGAGCUAUGCAACAGUCCUCACCCUCCUCUUCAUCGCGCGGAUUUUCAACCAGCGCGUCGCUCACGGCGCCCCGCGCACAGUCAAUUUCGUGAAUGAGGUCGUGGUGAUCACCGGUGGGGCUAGUGGUCUGGGUCUGUUGAUUGCGCAGAUGUAUAGCAUGCGCGGGGCAAGUGUCGCUGUACUGGAUAUUAAAGAUGUUCCAGAAAAUAGUCGCGAUGAGGUCUUCGGAGAGGGCGUUUUGUAUAUUACGUGUGAUGUCGCAGAGAGGAGCGCGUUGGAGGUUGCCAAGGGGAAGAUCUUGCAAGAGUUAGGAACACCGACGAUCGUUAUCAACUGUGCCGCGGCCAGGAUCAACGGCUUCUCGUUCCUUGACGUGCCAGCGGACGCAUUCGAGAAGACCAUCCGCACUAACCUCCUGGCAGCUUUCCAUCUGUACCAGGUCUUCUUACCUGGGAUCAUCGCAGCAGAGAACGGAGGGACGCUUGUCACAGUCAGCUCUGUGCUAGGCCAGCUGAGUGCCGCAGGACUAUCAGACUACGCAGGCAGCAAGGCUGGACUGAGCGCGCUGCAUCGGACGAUAGAAGCAGAAUUCCGAGGUAACCCGUUGAUCAAAACGCUGCUGGUUGAAGUUGGGCAGAUGUCGACGCCGUUGUUCGACUGGGUGCGCGCGCCAAAUCAUUUCUUUGCGCCAGUCUUGGAACCGGUCGAAGUUGCUCGGGAGAUGGUGGCAGCGAUUGAUAGUGGUCGAGGUGGUGUGAUCAGAUUGCCUUUUUAUGCAACGCUCGUGAAUUGGUAUGCCGUGCUACCCGCCACAGUGCAGCGGGUUGCGAGAUACCUGAGUGGAAUAGAUGAUGCUGUGACUCAAAGCCGGCAGACAUCUGGGAAGACAGAUUGA